AUGUUUGUGGGGAUCCGCGAAUAUAGGGACGAAGAGGGAAUACGAGGCACAGAGCUUCCCCGUGCUAAUUCGACGCACGUGCACGAGAAGACAGAGAAAAAAAGCCCGCAGGAGACGAUCGAAAUUGAAACAAGCUCUCGAUCGCCGUUCCCGUCAAUUAGAAGCCUGAUAUUAUCUUUGCAUAGAGGUCUGAAACACGGGAACGGUGGCGUGGGCAGCGCGAGCAGUUCUAGAAGCACUAGCCCGAGUCAACAACAACCGUCUCAGGGCGGUCUUUCGUUCAUUCCGCAACCUAGAAGUCAGAAUACGAAUCGACAACCCACGGCUACUACACCGAGCCCUCGAGCAUCUACAGUAGGCCGUCCUAAUGGAGGCCUGAGAUCGCAACAACAGGCUUUACCAUAUUCUGGAAAUACUGUCCCGGCACCUCAGCCAAAUAAGAAUUCCGUAUUGGACAAGUUUAAACUUUUCAAUAAUAAAGAUAAAAAUCAAGAGCGAGGAAAGACUUCGUCCGGAGUUUCAAAACGCACUUCCAGUUCUUCCGGAUUUUCUUCAGCUCGAUCUGAACAUUCAGACAGUUCAACUUCUUUAUGCGAUCAAAGCAAGACCCAAGCCCAGGAAUCGCCAAAGAGUCGUGCUUUGAAGUCAAAACUGCAAUCAGCUAAACCGGCAAAGCAGGCCAGUCCAAAGACGAGCAGAAAGGAGCAGAGUAAGGCCCAAAGUAAAAUUGCGCGCACAAGCAAAGGUCCGCCGAGCUCGGAAAAGCUGAUGACGCUGUAUAAUAAUCCGGUUGUGGAGCAAGAUAUUAAAAUUGCUGGUAAAGCCAUCGGCACUAAAUUACCGAGUGACAGGAAAACGCCGACUCUUCAAGAACUGGUGAAGCAACCGGUAGUGCAGCCUUCAAAACCGAACCCUUCCGCCCUGACGCCGCCUAGACAAAUUAAUCUUCAAGAUACUAAAAACGUAAACUUGAGGAACGAACUUCCGACGACGAAACUUUCGCCUAGACCCAAAUUGGAGCUUCCAGGCAAGAUACCGGACUCAAAAAUUUAUUUGCAAAAUGUGAAGCCACCGCCGAAUGGUUUGAACAAGGAUUUUAUGGUGCAGAAAGCUAUCCUAGGAAAUACCAACGGUAUUAUCAAGCCAUCCGAACCGGGAGAAAUGCUUGUUCACGAAAACGAUACUUUUAAUCGUACUCUAAGCAUGAACCAAGCGAACCUAUCAGAUGGCAAGGAUCUUAGAAUGAAGCAGAAAGAGCCAGAAGUUUUAGAAGCUAAUCACGAACAGCAAUCAGGAAUGGAAAGCUUUGAUUCACCUUCGAAGACUGGAGUAUCAAAUCAGGAGAAAGUUAUUUGUGAAGAAGAAGUAGAAUCUAUCAAUGUUUCCGAUAAACAAGAUUCUAUGUCGAAUCGCGUAGACUCAGUAGUUGACGAAAGGUUAACUAAUACUGAAGAUGGAUUAACGAGCAUAUCCGCGCAAAGCAAUCUAAAUUUCGGGUCUAAUAAACCGUUAGCAGGUUCGAACAGUCCUCUUCAUGGCCCGAAUCCAGCCGGGCUCAGUCCGGGUUCCAGCAUCCCGAAACCUACCGCUCUCGUGAAAGGCACAUCGAAACCGUCGAAAGAGAACAACACGGUCAAUGGUGUGCCAAUGCCGACAAAGCCGAAGAGCGGCGAUACUCUCCAUCGCAAACUUGAUCCCAACACAGUGGCAAUGGUGUCGCCGAUGCCGAGUAUUUCGGACCUUAUGUCUGAAAGCUCGCAUAGCAAUUCUAACAGCACCGGGCAGAGUAAUUCGAGCGACAGUAGUGUGAUUUACAGACCAAGCAGCGAAAGUGGCAGCGAGAUCAAGACGAUCCCUAACCGAAAGAUUGACACCACGUUUGAGCAGAUGGAAAAGGUGCUGUCGGAAAGCUCAACGUGCGGUGGUGCUCUAGCAGACGAUGAGGCCGAGAUGACUGUGAAACCCAUGCAACCUCUUCUACGCGGGUAUACACCCGCGGCCCGUGGCUUGCAGACUCUACCGAGCCGCACCACGGCCCGACAGUACACCGUUCUGCAUUCAUCAUCGCAUCAUCAUGUCGGUGGUCAUCACGACUACGCCGACGUAGACGUCGCUUCCGGUUACCUGAGCGACGGUGAAGUGCUACGCGGAGGUGGCAUGAGUGUUGGCAGCAGAACUCUUUCGGAUCUAUGCGACGGAUACAUGUCUGAGGGCGGCGCAUCCCUAUACGCUCGUAGAAUCAAUCCUUCCUAUGGACACGAUCACGACAGGUACGUGGGUGGUUCGCGGCGAGAGCUGUCGGGGGUGAAGGAACUGGUGACCUCGAGGCGGGUGCAGAAGAAUCGGCCGUCGGGGAUCGCGAGGUCGGAUGGCGGCUGCAUCGGGGGCGUCAGUCCGGGAAGCGGCGGCGGUGGCGGUGGUGGCGGCUGCAGCGGCGGGAACGACGCCUUGGCGGAGCUCACAAUCGAGGAGCUGGCUUCCAUUCCCGCCGGAAAUCACACCUCCGCCAAUCACACGGGACAUCCCUCUCAUCACAAGGUCAGCGAACUCACGAAUUCGGAAUCGAUAGCGCACGGUUUGAGCAUGAGGAGAGUUCCGGGUGGAGGGGGUGUGAUUGUGGGGGGUGGCGGAGGAUCGGCCACCCCCCAAGGGGCGCAGCAGGGUAGUCACAAUCUAGUGUACCGCGUGGUGGGCUCACGUGGGCAUUCCGGCGGUCACCAUCCGCACGUGAAAAAGUCCGACAGUUCUCAGCAAACUGAGAGCUCGGCCUUCAAGCACCAGCAGCACCAACAGCAUCAGCACCAGCAGCAUCAGCAGCAGCAACAGCAACAGCAGCAGCAGCAGCAGCAACAGGGCUCAAACAGCUCUAGCAGUACUAUCAGUUCCAACAGCCAGCAAUGGAAGAAGUAUAUCGAAGCGGGCGCCGCAAGAGAGAGAGACAAGGAGGGCGCACCACCCAGCCCUAGUCCUUCUAGAAGAUCGCAGGAUAAACAUCGGAAACAGACCAUGGCCGAAUAUGCGAAUGGCGAGAAACCGCAAAAAGUUUCAUCGGGCACAUCAACUGGCAACAGUAGCAAAGUUCGUGGGGUACCGCAAAGUUUUGGCUACGUUAAGAGGCAUAGUGCGGGCACCAGUUCGAGUCCCAACGGUGUCCAAAAUGGUAACAAAGAUGCCACCAGGACGGCGCAAGUUAGCGCUGUGCCGAGGACUAAGGUCAAAGUGUCCGGUGGCACGCAGACGUGCACUACAGAAUUGCAAGCAAAUUCCUCGGGAUCAAAUCAAGGUCAUCACUACAAAAGCUACAGCCUCACCGGUCCCAGUGCUAGUCAACUCUCACAAUCAGUUCGAGAUCGUCUCAUGCUGGGCUCACAGAGCCUGCCGAAACCCGGUAGUCCAGAAUUCACUGCUCUUUUUGCAUCUGCCCAUCAUCGCGAGAGAGGAGCUGGCGUUGGACCAGCGAGCACAUCAUUUUCGCCCCGGGUAUUGAAACCGUCUGACGGCAGUCUCAGCGACACAUGCAGUAAUUACGCUGCACCUGAUCUUCAGGGUUACUACGGCACACCCAACAGCCCCUAUACCACUUCAUGGAUGAGACACAGCAACACUUAUACGCCCAGUGGACGAUCUCAAGGAAUGGGUUUAUGCGAAGCGGAUAGCGUGGAAUCAUUGGGCUCGCAUCGCGCGAGCUUGACACAUGCUCGUCUCCUAAUGCAUCAGAGAGAUUCUACGGGAUCCCCGGCGCCGCCCAGACUAAACAGGAGUAACUCGAUCAGGUCCACUAAGAGCGAGAAGAUGUACCCGUCGAUGUUGGCUCGUGGAAGCGGCGCCUCGUCAUCGGUGGGCGAGGAGGUCGGGAUCGGCAUGGGAGUCGGAGUCGAGCCGUAUUACAGCGUUCCCGUAGGAUCGGCGGGAUGCACCGGCCAGCACUGGUCCCAGCCGACGUCGCCGACACCCACUCAUACUUCACGGCAGCCGCCAAACUUGUACCAGCACGUACACAAGGACGAUGACAUUCAUGGUUCUUCGGUAUCCUUGGUGUCUACCGCGAGUAGCCUUUACAGUUCGGCCGAGGAGAAGCAGGCACACGAAUUGAGAAAAUUGCGUCGUGAAUUACUGGACGCUCAGGAGAAGGUGCAUUCGUUAACCAGUCAGCUUUCCACAAACCGACUAAUUAACACGACCAGAUCUGUCACGGUCGCGAACGGGACACAUGAUGUAGUUAGCUAUGUGGAAACAGAGCAAAUUGGCGCAGAUGAUUAG